CGCAAAAUAUAAAUAUGAUUCAAAAUUAAAUCCUCAAUCAUUUCUGAUGCAAAUAAGCGUUUUAUUACUUUUGUAAACAUGCGAGAAAAGAAUGAAAUGAGUUUGAACUAAUUUGAUUCGGCGCUGGCAAUAAAUGCACGCUCUUGAAUAGGACAGACAACAGAAUAAUUCCAGUAUAGCCGUGUAGCUGCAGUGGGCAUUUUACAAUGGCAAAAAAAUUUGCUCUGACUUUUUUCCUCGUUUCAUUAAUCGUUCUCGCCUCAGCGGUAGGAGAAGGACCGCGCAAAGUGAGUACAAAAAUAUGGAUCACUGAAGAAUAUUCUUUUAACAAUUCAUGGUUAUGCCUGCAUUCAUUUGGUUAUGCCUGCAUUUAUUUGGAUAUGUUUCUCAAUCGGCAAACAAAUUAAACUUAAAAAGCAUGCUUAGUGAAUACAGUGGCGGCGGGACAGGUUUUCUUUUUUUUUGGGGGGGGAGGGCUAAGUUGGGUACCAUAUAGUUUUGAGCACAUAUAUAGGUAUAUAACGUAAAUUAUUGUUCACAAUAUUUCUGAACUGUUUCGCUUCGCUUAGAACCUCAAACCAGAUUAAAACCCGAGUUUUACCAAUGUUCCACUUAAUAACUCAAGAGUUUGAUACGUGUAAAAACUGUGACAGGUGCUAAAGUCCCUGUUUAAAUUCACCUGAGGACUAUUUCAUUGACCGUAAUGUGGGUAAUUUUGUUCACUUUGCCAGGCAGCGACCAAGAAUCUUCAUACUACUGUCGCACUCUUUUUCUUCUUUCGGGUGGAUUAGGCAACUGCGCCCUGUACUUAAAAUCAUGGAUUAGUUAGAUAACACCAUGACCAUCACCAUCAUUGUCACCAUAACCACUAUCACCAUCAUCACCAUCUGGAUUAGGCAACUGCACCCUGUAAAACCAUGGAUUAGUUAAAUAACAUCAUCACCAUCAUCAUCAUUACCAUCACAUUACCAUCAUCAUCAUCAUCAUCAACACCACCCCAAUCUUCAUCAUUAUCAUUAUUACUACUAACAAGAUCUCACUAUGUAUAUUAUUUUAGAAACGACAUUAUGUGAACUUAUGGGGAACCCAAUCUAGAUAUCAAUGCCCAUAUGGGUAUAACUGCCAGUCGGAUUACAGCUGCCUGUGUACCGAUGUAUAUAGUGGGCAAUUCGGCUAUAAUCGUGGUCUAAAAUGUCGCACAAUCUCAUGGAAAACAGUGUACAAACAAUGCGUCUAAACCAUGAAGACACAUGAAGAUAUAGAACCUGAUCUAUUCAUCUACCAUUAUGUAAUAAAAGAAAUUCUAAUCAAUAUAUACCUGACUCAUCUAUAGCUGUAGAAAUGUAUGCUUAUAUACAUAUAUAUGAAUAGCGAUAAACAAAGUAUGUUAUAAAGCGAUAUAAAAUUAAAUCAGAAUUAUAUUAUAUUGAAAAAGAGAAAGGAGUUUGUUGAAAAUCGUAAUUUGUGUUUAAGCGUGC